UUCCAGGGUCUAGGAGGCCAUGCAGCCUCGGGGUCUGGAGGGCCGCGCGCGCGGCCCGUCAGUGCUGUUCGUGCACCCGGACUUCGGCGUGGGCGGCGCGGAGCGGCUGGUGCUGGACGCGGCGUUGGCCCUGCAGUCUCGCGGCUGCCGCGUCCAGGUGUGGACGGCUCAUUAUGACCCGGGCCACUGCUUCUCGGAGAGCCGCGAGCUGCAGGUGCACUGCGCCGGCGACUGGCUGCCCCGCAGCCUGGGCUGGGGCGGGCGCGGCGCCGCGCUGUGCUCCUACGUGCGCAUGGUCUACCUGGCGCUCUACAUCCUGCUGCUGAGCGGCGAGGAGAUGGACGUGAUCGUGUGCGACCAGGUAUCUGCUUGUAUCCCAGUGUUUAGACUGGCCAGACAUCGGAAGAAGAUACUGUUUUACUGUCAUUUUCCUGAUUUACUUCUCACUCAGAGAAAUUCUUUUCUUAAACGACUCUACCGAGCCCCCAUUGAUUGGGUGGAAGAGUAUACUACUGGCAUGGCAGACUGCAUUGUGGUCAAUAGCUCCUUCACGGCAAAUGUUUUUAAGAACACCUUCAAGUCCCUAACACACAUAAACCCAGAUGUCCUCUACCCUUCUUUGAAUGUCAGCAGCUUUGACAAUGUGGUACCUUCAGAUCUCGAUAACUUAAUUCCCAAAGGAAAGAAGUUUGUUUUUCUUUCAAUCAACAGAUAUGAAAGGAAGAAAAAUCUAACUCUAGCUUUAGAAGCAUUACUUGAGCUACGAGGGAGAUUAGAUCUUCAAGAUUGGGAAAAAAUUCAUCUAAUAAUGGCUGGCGGUUAUGAUGAACGAGUUCUGGAAAAUGUAGAGUAUUAUAAAGAACUGAAGAAUACAGUCAACCAGUUUGACCUUAGCCACCAUGUUACAUUCCUGAAGUCUUUUUCAGAUACACAAAAGAUCUCUCUUCUCCAUAAUUGUACUUGUGUGCUUUAUACACCGAGCAAUGAGCAUUUUGGCAUAGUUCCUGUGGAAGCCAUGUACAUGCAGUGUCCUGUCAUUGCAGUGAAUUCAGGUGGACCUUUGGAAUCUAUUGUAGAUAACGUAACAGGGUUUUUAUGUGAACCUGAUCCGACACAGUUUUCUAAAGCAAUGGAAAAGUUUAUCAGAGAUCCUUCCUUAAAAGCUACAAUGGGGUCGGCAGGAAGAGUCAGAGUGAAGGAAAAAUUUUCAUUAGAAGCUUUCACAGAUCAGUUAUACCAGUACAUAAGUAAACUGACAGAAUAAUUAUAUGGUUUUAAAACCUUUUCUAGAGGCAGCUAGGUGGUACGGAGGUUUUAAGGGCUGGAUUUGAAGUCAGCCAGACCUGAGUUUGAAUCCUGCC